AUGGAUGGCAUCACCCAGCGCAACCAACAGCACACUCAGCCGCCUGACAGCGGAGAUAUUGCGACCUUGAUUAUGCCCUAUGGUGAACAUGCUAUUGAGCAUGACUGGACCGAAGAUCUGCCCAAGACCGACCAUGUGCGCUUCUUUUGCGAAACGAAUUGGAGUAGCAGCAGCCUGGGGCCACUGAGUACAUGGUCACCAACACUACGACUCUUCACGGGAUUCGUAAUGGCUGACUCGCGCGCAGCUUGCUUGUGGUGGGGUAAAGACCUAGUUGCUGUCUAUAACGAACACUAUGCGCCGCUUGCUUGUAAAGCACACCCUCAGCUCAUGGGAUCGACCUUUCGCAAGGGGUUUCCAGAGCUGUGGAGCGGUAUUGAACCGAUCUUCGAGCAGUGUAGGACAACGGCAGCAGGCGUCAACUACUCUUCGGCGGCAUCGCUGAUAGUGGAGCGUAAAGGAUGGCGCGAAGAGACAUUUUUCAACGGCAACUUUGUUCCAGUGGGACCGGCGUAUGCGCCGGAGGGUUUCUACAACUCCAUGUUUGAAGUCACCGACCAGAAGCUUGCUGAACGCCGCACAAAGAUGCUGAACGCCCUCACCUCAGUACCAAUUCUCCGCGUCGACGCCGUUUCCGAUCAUAUCAUUGCGACUCUUAAAACGAACCAUUAUGAUGUUCCCAUCGCGAUGUUGUACAGGGUUCACAAAGGGACGAAGACGAGCAAGCUGCGGCUAGAAGGGCACAUCGGAGUCCCCGAGGGGCACCGUUUGCUAGUUGACGAUGUGUCCACUGGGAGCAAAGAAGGACUUGCUCCUGAUUUGCUGCGUGCUGGCACGGAGAUUACGAUGAUUGACUGCGAUGGACGAUUUGACGGAGUACAAUGGCAAGGUUGGUGUGAGCGACCACAGCAUAUUGUCGUUAUGCCCCUAGCCAGCGGCACGCGUCUCUUUGGGUACUUGGUCACUGGGACGAAUCCCUGUCGACCGUACGACAUUCACUGCCAACAGUUCUACCGGGACCUCAACCGCAUGAUUUCCAGCAUGAUUUCCUCAGCAUUCGAUUCAGAAUCUUCGAGAAGACGUCAGGAACAACUCGAAGCAGACCUUGCUUUUAGCGACCUCAAACUCCGACACCUGAUCAGCCAUGCUUCCGUAGGCAUGUGCCAUGUCUCAUUGCAGGGCGACAUGUUAUGGGCAAACGAUCAUUAUUACGAGCUAUCUGGUAACAGCGCUGACCAACAUUCGGAUCGUUUUGCUUUUCUCAAUGUGUAUCACGAUGGUGACCGAUGGAGAGCAGUGGAAGUUUGGGAAAAACUUUUGGCUGGUGGAGAACACGUCACGGCCGAGCUCCGUGUUAAACGUCAGUAUACACCGCCUAUCGGUGAAGCAGAGCCAGCUCAUAUUCAUAUCAUGGCUUUCCCUUACCGUGAGAACGGCGAGACUAAGUCUAUCAUGGCCUGCACAACGGAUAUAUCGCGGCUAAAAUGGGCGCAGAGUUUCCAAGCCCGGUUGGCAGCCGAGGCUCGAGAGGCUAAGCGACAACAGGAAGCAUUUAUUGAUGUCGUCUCUCACGAGAUGCGCAACCCUCUGAGUGCUAUUGUUCAUUGCGCAGAUGCCAUCACGACUGCAGUUGAGGAAUGUCAAGCCCAGCUAGCAAAUAUCCCGGAGCCAUGUCUGGAUGCGCUAAACGACAACAUCGCCUCAGCGAAUAUUAUCUUGCAGUGUGCUAACCAUCAGAAGCGCAUCAUCGACGAUGUUCUCACGUUAAGCAAACUCGACUCCAUGUUACUCUCAAUCACUCCGACUCCUGUCAAGCCUUCGAAACUUGCCACUUCGAUUGUAAACAUCUUCGAAGCCGAAUUGAAGAGCAAUCAUAUCAACUGCAGUGUCUACGACGAUCAGUCCUUAGCUCAGCUCGAAGUUGACCAUCUGUUUCUGGAUCCAUCGCGUGUCACUCAAGUCUUCAUCAAUCUACUUACCAACGCUAUCAAGUUUGUCAAGCCUUCCGGCGAACCUCGUAUCGAAAUCCACUACAGCGCUUGUACCUCAAACCCUCGUGCGCUCUUCCCCGAGGAUAUGUUUUGGGCUACAGCAAACAACCUCGAUAGCAAUGUCACAAGCAGCCCAGAGUGGGGGACUGGAGAAGAAUUAUACUUGGCUUUUAGCGUGAAAGAUUCUGGCAUCGGUCUCAAAGACAAAGAAAUCCACAACAUCUUUGAGCGCUUUAAGCAAGCCAACGUCAAGACGCACGUCAAAUACGGUGGCAGCGGUCUCGGCUUGUUCAUCUCCAAGGAGCUUACUGAGAAACAAGGCGGCGAGAUUGGUGUUUCGUCUGCGCACGGUCAAGGCUCCACGUUUGGAUUCUACGUGAAAACGAGGAGGGCGGAGCGCAGACCGCAAACUAUACAUGAGCUGUUCAAUGAGUCUGGAGGGAAGGAAACAGAGCGCUCUGCGCUGCAUGUCCUCCUUGUCGAAGACAAUCUCAUCAACCAAAAGGUUCUCAGCAAGCAGCUCAAGAAAGCAGGAUGUGUGGUCAGCGUCGCGAACCACGGUCUGGAGGCGUUACAUACCCUGGAACAGAAAACAUUCGAUGUUGUGCUUAUGGAUUUGGAGAUGCCUGUCCUCGACGGCCUGGCUGCUAUGCGUAAGAUUCGACAGAAAGAGACGGCUGAAGAGGGAUUGUUAGGCGAAGUAAUGAAGCUUGGUGCAAGAGGAGGGGACCGCUUGCCCAUCAUUGCGGUCACGGCGAAUGUCAGAAAGGAGCAGAUUGACACUGCAAUGGCUGCUGGUGCGGAUAGAGUUAUGCAGAAGCCGUUCAAAGCUGCAGACCUGGUUUACAUGAUGAAGAGUCUGUUGCCACAAGUUAAGACACCAAGGAUCGAUCCACCGACCCCUGGAUUGGCUGAAAAGGGUGAUGGGCUGAUACCUUGA